UCUGCCCAUUUUGCCAGGUUCAGGUCCCUCCUCCUCCUCCUCUUCCCGAGAGGCUGCUGCUUACCAUCUCUCCCACCCUCCCCGCAGCUUUAGCUCAGUCUGGCUAUGUUCAGCUCGAAAUCAGCAGCUAUCCUCCCGUCCUACUUCAGCGAGUACACCGAGACGGCUGACAAGCUGGAUAUUAGCACCAAAGUACAACUUCACGGGGUCCUGUGGAAGAGACCCUUUGGGAGACAGUCAGCCAAGUGGUCUAAAAGAUUCUUCCUCAUCAAGGACAGCUUUUUACUCUACUACGCUGAAAAUGAAAGAAAAAGCUUUGAGAGCAACAGAUAUUUCAACAUACACCCCAAGGGUGUGAUACCACUGGGCGGAUGUGUGGUGGAGGCAAAGGAAGAGCCCAAUAUGCCAUUUGUGAUGAAGAUUUCCCAUGAGGAUUUCCACGGAAACAUAUUACUUGCAGCCGAGACUGAGUUUGACCAGCAGCACUGGCUGGAGAUGCUUCAGGAAUCUGGGAAGGUAACCUGGCAGAAUGCCCAGCUCGGGGAGGCGAUGAUCGGCAGUCUCGAGGCCCAAGGCCUACAGCUCGCCAAGGAGAAGCAGGAGUACUUAGACAAAUUGAUGGAGGAGACGGAGGAACUUUGUCUGCAGAGAGAACAGAAGGCGGAGCUGGAGCGACUGAAUCAGGUCCUAGAGGUGGAAAAGAACAGGAUUGAGGAAAUGGUCCAGGACCUGAAGUCGGAGCAGGAACAGAUAAAGAGGGAGCUGGAGGUGACGGUCAGCUCGCUGGCGGCGGUGGAAGAAGAGAAGAAGCAUCUUCACCAUCUCUCUGAGUCCCUGCAGAACAACUUGGAGGCGCUGUCUCAGGAGAAGCAGAGGACCUUGGACAGGCUGAAGGACAGUGAGCACCAGGCUCAGGAGCUGAGCAGCAAGAACCAGCAGCUCUACCAAUCCAGCGGAACUUUAAGGGCCAUCCUCCAGCAGAUUGAGGAGGACAUGAAGAAACUGCAACAUGAGAAACAGCUGGCAGAGGAGAGGCUACAGGAGAAUGAAAAGAGAGCCUGUGCUCUGCAGGAGGAACGUGAGUUUUAUUCCACCCAGUCCCAGGAGCUCCAGGUCUCGCUCUCGGAGCUGACAGCAGAGAAACAGAAGACAGAGAGUGAGCUGAAGGAGGAGAUUAAAUCCCGUGCAGAGCUGGAACGUAGACUGCAAGAAGCGGAGGAAGCUUUGCAGAGGCUGGAGCAGGGCCUGAGCUCGGCUGAACGUACGGUGGAGAAAAACGAGCGAAUGAAAGGAGACGUGGGCGAGUUGAGAAAGUUCUUUGAGGAAUGCAUCAGGAAAGCUGAGAUCGAGGCCAACCUCCCGGUCAUCAUGAAGAACUCCGUCUACGUACAAAGAGCGGCUGCUCGCAGGAUCAAGAGUUGCAGGUUCCGCCGGAGGAAGUCCACUGCCGUCUGGAACUCCUUCGCUGCCGCUUUACAACAAGUGGAAUGA